AUGGCUAGUCAUGUCAGCCAACCACCCGCGGCCAGCCCCGCACUGGCUGCGAGCACGUCACCGCUCCCCGGCAGCUCAUCAUCAGCCGCAGCCGUGGUGGGCGCCACCGAACCUGUUCUUGCUGCCGGUGCAGCCCCGGGAUCUCCUCCAGGAUCGAACGGUGGAAGCAGCGUGAGCAGCAGCAGCAGCCCGGAGAAGUCAGGGGCAGGGGGUGCCGCACCCGCUUGUGCAGAUGCUGCUGCAGCAGUGACCGAUGCGGUGUCAGGCGCACCCUCAUCAUCGUCGCCAGCAGCAGCAGCCCCGGACACUAGCAGAGCAUCGCGGGCGGCAUCGUCAGCAGCAGCAGCAUCACAAGAAGAAACCCAACCCACAGCAUCAACCGUUUCUGACAACACCGAGGCCCCUAAUCACGCCAUCCCUCCCGCUCCCGCGCCUCCGACAUCGACUGGGCCUCCCACGGCGACUCCACUCCUACCUAGCCCAAACGACAACAUCAACAGCGAGAGCAAGCCGAAAGAAGAAGGCCAAGAAGGAGGAGGACAAAAAACGACAACCAUCAACCUCAACGGUGCCCCCACGGCCUUGGACUCCCUCGGGCCCAUGGUGAUCCACCGAGACGGGACUGUCUCGCGCAUCGGCAACUGGCACGAGCUGAGUGACAUCGAGCGGGAGAACACGCUACGGAUUUUAGUGAAGCGGAAUCAAGCCCGGUUGAAGGCGUUGAGGUGUGAAGGGGCAGGAGGUCAAGGGAGUGAGGGUGUCAGUGGCGAAAAGGCAGAGUAG